AUGAAAUUCACCGCACUACUGCUAUGCUUUGCUGCUAUGGCAUGGGGAGCUGAGCCCCAACGACGAGAUGCCAAUGCCACCGAGAGCGGCUACAAUAUGGCAUCGUUGUCUAGUGCACUGUCUGUCGAUCCUGGAUACAGUUUGAACUAUCUAUUGACAUCCAAUAUUAGAGCCCAUCUUACAUCGAAUACAACGGCCACGGCUCAUUUUGAGAACAUCUCGGCACCGCCCAGAUCCCUCAUUCCCGAAAUCUUGUCGGUCGUGCCCAUGACCGUGAUCUGGGAACUUAUCGACCCGCAGUCGCGCAGUAUACUAGCGAGCCAGUUCAGCGCCGGGACCACCCCUAGCUGGUACAACAGUCUUCCCACUGAUGUGAAGAGCUACAUGUCCGUGGUGAAAUCGCAGAUCUCGGCGGGUGCUCUGACGGCGACGGCGACGGCGACUACGACUACGACGGGGUCUGCGAGCGCCACCAAGAACGGGGCGACUUCGACCUCGAGCGGGAUGGCGGCGCAGCCUACGGCGCUCACCGCGUCGGUGAUCGGGGCCUUGAGUCUUCUCGGGCUGGCCCUAGCGUUGUAG